AAUGUGCAGCUCUGAGCCGCAGAUGGAGGUUUGCGUAGCACAUGUACCGAAGAAAGCGGACAAAAAGCGCGAGCAAGUCUGCGGAAUGAGGGAGUGAGAGGCUGCAGGGGAAGGAAAGAAGACACACACUGGUUAAUCUGUAUUCUGCUAGAAGGUUCUGGUAGCUGGAAGAGGACACAGAAAGCCUCAUCGCCAGGAAUUAAAUUAAAAUGGAUCUUCACAAUAAAGAAAUUCUCCCUGGAGAGACUCUACCUGUGGUCAUCAUCGGUAACGGCCCUUCAGGGAUCUGUCUGUCGUACCUGUUGUCGGGCUACACCCCCUACCUGUCACCUGAGGCAACACAUCCCAACCCCCUGCUGAACAGCAAGCUGGGAGAGCAGCCUCACCUGUCACUGCUGGAGCAGGAUCUGGAGUACCUGUGCGAGGGAUUAGAGGGCAGGUCGUCCAAUCCCGUGGCGGUGCUUUUUGACUCGCUGCUGCUUCCCGACAGCGACUUCGGAUUGGACCACACGUCUCCGCUGGACUGGCGAUACGAGCCGCAGCGAGCCAUCCCUCACCUGGUGCUGGGGAAGGGUCCACCCGGAGGAGCCUGGCAUGCUAUGGAGGGCUCGAUGCUAACUCUGAGCCUGGCUAACUGGAUGGAGCUUCCUGGACUCGGACUGAAGGACUGGAUGAGAGAGAAACGCAGAAAUGUACGUAAUGACCGUGCCACACCAGCAGAGAUCGCCUCCUACUACCAACACUACGUUUCCCAGAUGUCCCUGGAGCAGAGCUUUGCCUGUGGAACCACGGUCACCUCGGUAACCAGGCAGCCGGGCAGCCAUGACGGGUCGCCGCCCUGCUGGAGGGUGACAGGCCUUCAGCGCAGAGAGGGGGAAGAGCUGGGAGACGGCUCCUCCGUGUCAGAGGAAGUGCCUUUCUCGCUGUUGGCCCACAAUGUGGUGUUGGCGACGGGGACCCACGACAUCCCGGCCAGGCUCGGCGUCGAGGGCGAGUCCCUGCCCUACGUCUGCCACUCGUUCUGGGAGCUGGAGGCGACCAUCUCUCGCGGGGAGCUCGACCAAUCCUCAGACCCGGUGCUAGUUGUGGGGGCGGGGCUAACAGCAGCUGAUGCAGUCUUGGCAGCACACCAUCUCAACACGCCCGUCUACCACGCCUUCAGACGCUCGGUCAACGACCCCGGCCUCAUCUUCAACCAGCUCCCAAAACUCCUCUACCCAGAGUACCACAAGGUUCACCAGAUGAUGACUCAGCAGCAGUACCAGCCGAGCACGCCACCUCAGAACCACGCCCAGAACCUUCAUAACUCAUCAACCCCUUCCUCACCUCCAACCUCCCCCGCCUCGUCCUCAUCCCCUUCCUCUUACCCGGGUUAUUUGAGCUUCCCGCGCUACAAAGUCGUAGCGUUCCGACCUGAUAAGAAGUGUGUUCUGGAGUCAGAUUCUGGCCAUCGAACCGUGGUCCAAGUCUCCAAGGCGUUGGUUCUGAUUGGCGCCCACCCCAACCUUUCCUUUCUGGGUGACAAUGGGCGUCCUCUUGGUAUUUACCCAGAGGAAACGAUCACAUGCCGGAGAAACCCAAUUGAGGUUGACCCGUUCACAAACAGCGUGGUGGCAGCAGACGGACCGGGCAUGUACGCAAUGGGGCCAUUGGUUGGCGAGAACUUUGUCAGGUUCCUGAAAGGAGGGGCGCUGGCUAUCGCUAGCGACCUCACCAAGAGACAAAGGGAGAGCGAGAGAGAGGACCGGGAUUUGACCACAGAGAGGUUGAUAGACAGAUGGUUGGACAGACGAGUCACCACACAUACAGAGUCGGAGGUUUGUGUUCUGGACUCAUAGCAGGUCGUCUGAAAUAUGAGUGUUGAAUGGACUGAAGCAACGCGACCUUACUGAUCGGAUCCAAGCUAACGGGUCGAGACAGAACAGGAACUGAUGCAAACAAAAGAGACCCGGGUCAUGUUUCCAGAAAUCCCAGAGUAGGAAAAUAAAAUGCGCUGCUAAGUUGUUUCAUGAGUGAAACAGGCAACAAACGACGACUGGACUUGCACUGGUUUGGAAGGAUCUGAUAACUUGCAAGAGCUGCUGUAGACCGGCCGUCGUGCUGCUCAAAUCCUAAAGACUUACAGGUCCUUCAAAUAAAUGUACAUUUGAGGGAUUUCAAUACACUGAAGUUAAAGACACUAUGGAGAAACAAUUUAGUGUGUUUGGGCCGGCCACAUCAAAGUUAAGUGUCGACAUUGAAUGAUACCGAUAUCCACAUCAGUUAUUUCAGAACUUGAAACUAUCGAUAAAUUGGUCAGAAUAUGUGUUGAACUUGAACAUGUAAUGUAGAACUUUCAAUGCCAGUCUCUUAAAUAACUAUUCACGUAACAUUUACUGAAGAGAACAAAUGCAGUAAAAAAAAAAACCCAAAAAAAA